UGCAAGUAUGUUUCAUGUAAACAGAUUGUUAAUUGAAGCUUAAUCUAAGCAAGGUCGCUUAUCCAACAAUAGCCUCUUGGCGGGUUUUCGAGUUCUCUGUAGUGAGAUGAUAUCCUUGUGUUGACAGCGUCCAUUUAGUUACUAAACUAGAUAUGUCUGUACUGAGCGACACUUUGCAUGCUGCAAAUGGGAACGAAGAAACAGUAUCGAAAGUAGAUAUGUGUCCUCGCAGACUUUCAAGAGUUUCGCGCUUGAGGGAUAUGUUCCAAACUGGUGUUGUAAAGCCAAUCGACGAUACUGAAGAUGGAUUUGAUGUAGAAAGUUCAGUGUUUUCAGCAUACACCUGUCCUGAUUUUGAAAGGUUUUCAAGAGCCUUUCCGGGGUCCCCACCUAUGAAAACUCUGCGCAAUCAUCGAAUAAGUCUAAACAAGAAUGAAUCGACUCAACAUAAUGUUACGUCAUCCAGAUCAGUUGAUGGAGGUUUCUCUAUACCGGAAUCACUUUCUCCCCUUAAAUCUCCACCCACAAGACCUCCUAAGCCUCGUCAUAUAUCUCUAUCGAAACCUGCCGUUCUUGAAGAGGUGAAACUAAAACCGAUUUCUUCAAAAAUCGCUACCGAAAAUGCAUCUUGUAAUAGCGUUACAGAACCGGUGGACAUUUCCAACCAUUCGAUUACUAGCGUUGGUAAUAGCAUAGAUAAUCAACCAUCGACAGUCAAAGUAAAUGGAAGUUCGUUAAGUUCAACUACCAUUCGAAAUUCAACUCCUGUAACUAUUAUCAAAGCAGGACCGCAACAAACAUCCAAAGAUCCCGUUGAAUGUUUUUCUUAUGCUUCCAUAACUCCUUUAUAUUCGUCUAACAAGAUUGAGAAGGCGACUGAAAAUGAUGUAAAUAAUGCUAUAAAUAAUAAUGCUCAUCGCCAAUCCUACGAAACAGCCAUUCAACCCUCCGAAGAUUUAAAUUCACAAUCAACUCAUUCCAUAUGCAAUUCUUCUGUUGAUCAUCAAUGUACAAUAUCGAAUUCUUCGGAUGUCCAGGAUUUUGUUAUUCGACCUGAAGCAUUUCACAAGUCUCUAUUUCCUGAAAUUGUAUAUAAAGAUAACAUUGAUGAUCUUCCUGUACUACAACAUGCUGAACCUGUUGCAGUAAAUGCUGAAGAUGAUGAUGAUGGCUUAGAUGAAAAUAUUGACAAUACUGAAAACUCUUUUGAAAUUGUUAUUAGUUCAUCUCAGUGUAAUACAUCAUUUAAUCCACUGAUCACUUUACCUGUUCCGAAAGGAUUGAAUGUUGUGGCUGUUGAUGAUGAUGGAGUUCAUAUUUUUGAAGAUGGUAACUUUCUGUACGCUCUUCCUGGCUUAACUGAUAAGUAUUCAGAUGAUUCAGAUUUUUAUGACUCACGUGAGGAUGUUACCAAUAUUUCCGACUUAAUAUCUCCUUCAUAUACUGCUGAACAAGUAAACGAUGAAGAAAAUGUUAAAACAAAUAUGGACAAAAUCCUUUCAGUAUCUUCAUCAUCUAAUUCACCAAAAUCAAUAACUACAAGGAAAUUAGUCAAUAAGCGUUCAGGUAGCAGUGAUAGUCUAGUCAAACAACCGAGAGUUCGAUUUAGUUCUGAACCAAUCUUGGUGUUCAGUACUCAUUCCACUACAGAUUAUAAUCGUAGAAAUGAAGAAAUAGAUCCAUUGUCUGCUUCAGCAGAAUAUGAAUUAGAAAAACAUCUUGAAGAUAUGGAUAUGUUUGAAAUCGAUUUCCGUAAAGGUGUAAAUGGUCUCGGUAUUAGCAUAGUUGGUUCCGGUGUUGAUACUUCAUCUGGUGAACAGAAAUUAAGCAUAUUCAUUAAAUCAUUUACUCCUGGAGGUGCUGCAGAGGCUGAUGGUCGUAUUCAAGUGUACGAUCAAAUUGUUCAAGUAGAUGGCCAUAGUUUGGUUGGUGUCUCUCAACAAUUCGCAGCUCAAGUACUCCAAAAUACUGGGGAAAUCAUUCAUUUUGUUCUCGCCAGAGAAAAAGAUCCACCCAACUCUCGCAUAGCAAAGAUAUUGACAGAAAAACAACAAGAGGAGGACGAAGAGAAUAAUAAGGAAGGAGAGGAAAAGGCGGUUGAGAAAGAGUCAAAGUUGAAUAAUAAUUCAUCUGAUAACUAUCAAGAGGUUGUGUCUACUCAGACCGAUAAUCCUGUAAACUUAUCAGGCGGUGAUUCUACCGAAGCUUUACAUAAUUUGAUUGCUGUAGCUACACGAUCAUUGAAAGAAGCUAAACAAUGGAACAAGGAUGAUGAUGCGGAGGAGGAGGAGGAGGAGGACGAGGAUGUGAUAGCUGUUGAUGAAAGUAGUGUAGAUUAUGAUAUGGAAUAUCUUAGUGUUAAUAAUAAUGAUACAAACGAUUCAUCACCUGUAAACAGUCUUUUUCAACAGUUUAGAAAAUCUUCAAAUGGUAGUGAUAAUGUAAAAUCAUUAAAUGGUUAUUCCACUGGCUUAAAUUAUCAACAAUCUAGCCCUCGAUCAGCAUUAAAAGGUACAGCAACUGCAGCAUCGACUCGUCGACGUAACGAAGCUAUCAUGGAGUAUAUUCGCCAAGCUGUACUUAUCCAAGAUAAUGUAUAUUUACCAACUGAUUUAAUUAAUAAAGAUGACUACACUAAUAAAAGUCAAAAUUCAGAUAUAGCUACAGACUGUGUUAGUACAGUGUCUUGGGCACUAGCCAGUGAAUUGCAUGAUCAUAGAAUUCAGCUACGAAAAUUCCAAUCACGUAUUCGAAAUCUAGAACAACGUUUGACUGCUCAAGAAGCUGCAGCGGAUGAAGCGAUAGAAAGACUUUGUCUACGUUGUCGUCAUUUGGAAUUAGAACUUAAACAAUCACAACAAAAAUGUUCACAACUAACCAUGUCACCAAAACAGCAGAAUAUCUCAAACUCUAAUAACUACUCUCCUGGAGCUAAUAACUUAUGUAAUCCAAUAUAUCAUUCAUCACUGUUGAAUGCCUCAACGUACAAAGAUGAUGAUGGAGUGGUGGUGUCUAGAGAAAAUCCUGUUGAAUUUAGCUAACUUCAAAAAAAAAAAAAGAAAAAAAAAAACAAAUUGCAUGUGAUUUUAUGUUUGUUCGCUUGAGUUUCGUUUUGUUUUGUUCAUUCGUUAAUUAUCAAUUAUUGUUUAUUUGUCCUUUCGACAUUGAUAAUGUUUUCACUGCGAAAUACAAACACAUGUCUUUAACUGCGAACAAACAAAUCAAAAAAGAGGGAAUACACAAAAUGCAUUGUUGACUAAAAGACUGUCAAAUUAUUUUUUACUGCUAAAAAAAGACCCAUCAAUUUUUCGAUGUUUCUUUACUCCCACUCUUUGUUUAUCCUAGUUUUUGUCUAUGAAUUGUGCGUAAUUUUCUUUAUUCAGUUUAAUCCCACCAAGUUCACUAUAUAUAGAUUUAUAGUGUUGAUGAAAUGUGGAUGACUGACUAUCCAUCGUUGUUAUGCUUAACGCUGAUUAACAUUUAAUUGAUUUUACUGUACAUAAAGCAUCUUCUUUCUUAAACAUAUAUAAAUACUGCAUGCCCACAACUCUUUUUUCUUGUAAGAAAAUCAAAGAAUGAUUUAUCAAUGCUUCUUUAGCCAUGUGAAUAUUGAUACUUAGAAUAAGGCUAUUGUUUACCUUGAAAUAAAUUUAGUACGAUCAACAGGUCUCUCAAUCUGUAUUCCCCUUACUCAAAUACCUGAAAAAUACAGUUCAUAUACAUUCGUAGGUAGAGUUCAUUAAUUAACAUUAAUUGUUUUGAUUACUGUUCUAUUUAACUUGUCUACUUUCUGAUUUUACUGUAGACAAUUACAUCUAGAUUUAGUGACUAAUUUAUAAUUCAUACCCAAUUAUGUUUAUUUUUCUCUAAAAAAAAAAUUCUUUUUUUCCCAAUUUUUGUUUUGUCAAGUAUGUGAUGUAUGACUGUCCAUUUUUAAAUUCACUCUAUGUUUUUGUUCUCCGCCUUGUUAAUUCCAAUCAUUAUAGUUAUCAUUACAAUUAUUAUUACUACAUUUAUUGUUAUGAAUAUUAGUAUUAUUACUAUUAGUAGCAUUGUUAGUCAUCAAUGUGCCUUGUAACCUGUAAACAAUUAUAUAAAUAAAUACUUGUUCCAAUUGUUAGUUUCACUGGGUUUUUUUCAAAUAUAAACUGGAUGAAUAAUUAGUUCGAUAAAUAAGAAGACAAUAAAAUCCCGAUCGCUUUUUAAUAUUUUACAAAACAACAAUUCAGUUCAUUAGCUUGUUACAGAGAUACGAAUUCGUUUUUUCUAAAUUAAUUUGAAUAUCCAGCUGUGUAUCAAUUUCUGCUCGUAAAACGGUGAAUUAGUAGUUAAGGGAUUUGACUUUCAACCAUUAAAUCGCAGGUUUGAACCUCGCUCCUCUUACUUUGGCUUAGAUAACCGGGUAGUUUAUCAUUAGCCGUCAUCUAGAGUAUCUGUACCUGUCUAAUAAGUGAAAUAAAUUAAUCAAAAAGGGCUAUUGAAUUUGCCGGUUGUUGAACUUUAAAUAUUAUCAACUUUGGCAGGAAAUUACUAAGCUGACCAGUUAUUUAAAGCGAUUGGUUUGUGUUGACAUUAUCACUAAGUUCCACUAAAUUGGCUUGUAUCGAGCUGUUUACUGUGUCGAACACAUCCCAAUGUUGCUUAAAUUGUUAAUAGUACCUGCAUAAAUCAGUCAUUCUGAAUAAGUCAAAUUCUGUUCUAAUUUAGAUUAUUUCAGUUCAUGAUUACUGUAUAGCUCUACAGUUGAAUGUGCACAAAAUAUGCGUUGUUGUUUUUUGUUCUUUAUUCUUCAAGUACAAAUACUUCAUAGUUUUAGAUAACCAUAACAUCUUAUUUGAAAUAGCCGAUACAAUUAAUUGACAAUAUGGUCACGAUUUGUUGUUAUUUACCAAUUCAUUAUAUCAUAAAUUUGAUUGUUAACGCACUGUGAAUUAUACCAAUAAUAAAUGUUAAUUCAAGUUAAGAGUCUCUCAGAUAAUCUUCGAUUUUACUUGUCGUUUUUAUGUUUAGUGCUGAACUGCAAUCGGUUCACACAUCGAAACACGUUUUUUUCGGGUUGAUCUGAUCACAUCUAUUAGAUAACUUCCGAAUAUUUAUCUCACAUGAGGUUACAGAGCGGUGAAUUUACUGCUAAUUUAUCUCCGUAUAAUUAUAUGAACUAACUUAAAUCAUUUAGUUCGGUAAAUAUUAAGUAUUGACAUUUUAUGGGACUGAUUAUCAAUACUUUGGACAAUUAUUUGAUUAGUUAUUUGAAUUCAUGUGUAAGCGAUCUCAGAUGAAACAGGGAUUUUCUUGGUAAUCCGUUCAACUUUUGGGUCACAACUUUAUCACAUCAAUAAUGGGUUUGGCUGGUGGGUAGUAUCAGUAUUUAUUAUAAACGACCACACAAAUUUAUACGUUGGUUACUGAAUUUCACUAAUAUUAUUAUUCAGAAUUCACAAUUUUCAGACUUAUGUUGUCAUGUCAGCGUUAACAAAUUCGAUCAACCGAGUUACAUUUUAGUUGUACACCAAGUGUUAGAAUAGCUAAGAAUAAUGCUCGAAUUCUAUGGUGUGAAAAAAAUCACUUUCACGCAAGCGAACUGUACUCAGUACGUGAUUUUAACCAUUAAACGUAACUGAGGAAUAUUCCUAUUCAGACUAUUUUCAUGAAUACGAAUAACCUAAGUAGCAUUUCCACAAUAUUUAUAUCUCACCAUCAAAUUAUCCUUGGAUAAUGGGUACUUCUAGCUGUGAAAUUGAUAUAUUCGCAAUGUUUAUAUUAUAAAACCAACUUAUUUAUUUAGAAUAGAGAUCGAUGAUGAAUUUUGUAUGAUCUAGGAUAAUAACUCUACAUAAUACAUUUUAGCAAAAUCUUGUUAAAGGCAGAAUUACGUCUAAACUUAGUUUAAAUAUGUAAAGAGUAAUAUAAUGCUAAUUUAUGUCUCUUGUUAAAUAACUGAUGAGUUCAAUGAUGUGUUUCCCCAUAACUUAAUAGAAUUUCUCCAUUCGAAAAUCUAUAUAGACAUUUAAUUCAAAAAAGAAUUUGACUUUAGGAUAUAGUAGCAGUGUUUCAAAUGCUAUUCUACUUAUUGUUCACAUCAUAUUCCUCAUCUCUAGAAUAUUUCAUUUACUUUAACCAAUCAAUCAUGCUACGGUAUUACUACUACUUCGAAACAAUUCUAUAAUUGUUCCUUCUUUUUUUAGUUUGUUUCUUUCGCCUUGCUAAUUUAUUUUUACCGCCUUAUGAGAUUUUUUUCAUACCAGGAUUCCUAAACCAUUUGUGUUUCUAUUUAUGCAAUUUUUCGUUCAAUAUAAUAUUCAUUUUAAUAUAAGUUGAAAUUUCUAUAGAUAUAUGUAUGAUUAUUGCACAUUGAUUGUUGAACAUUAACCGUUGGUUAUGAAUUAUACUGGUAUCUUAUCAAUAUUAAGAAAGAGAAAAUCAAUUCACCAUAUGUAAUGUAGAACAGAUUCCUUAAUAUUCAAUUGAUAUUACCAUUUUGCAUUGUGUUGCAUGAUAGAAAUUUUAGUUUUCUUUGUUUUUAAUGCAUAAGAAAUGGCUUUCUAUUACAAAUAUUGUUAUGAUUAUGAUGAUAUGUUGAAAUGUCUUGCUUGCUUUAAUGUUUUUCAAAAAAAAAGAAUGUUUUAACUGAAUGAGUUAUGUAUUAUUUUAAGUAAAAGUAUUCAAAUAGACUAUUUCUACUUUGAUUUUUCUAAUUGAAUUCAUAGAUGUUGUAUUGAAGAAAUGUUUUGGUUUAACAGAUACUGAUGAAUCUAUAGUUUCAAUUCCAAAUCAUGUAAGUCCCAAGGUGUCAGUGUAUGGACCUUACUCUUCUGAUGAUCAAGAUAAAGCUGAAGUGAACGGUUCUACUGAUAACCCUGUGAAUGUUGUACAUGAUGGUUAUUCAACUACCGUAGAAGUACCAUUAUUUGUUAGACAAAUGGAAGAUCGAACUCGAAUUGUCAGUUCAGGUGGUUUAGCUCGUCGACGUCCACCUACAAAAAUUGUUAUAAAUUCACCGUUCUCCUCAUUGCAUGGACCCUUUGCUACUUCAUUAUCUGAACCUCAGGUGCCAUCGGUCACAAAUCCCUUUAAUUCUAAUAACUAUGAUUCUUGCUUGAAUAAAUCAUCAAAUGUUAUAUCUAAUACAUCUCAACCUCCACGUCCAGUUCCUCCACAUUCAUUUAUGUUCCAUCGUUCCUCUUCAAAUGAAAAACAUGCUUCUUCACGUCAGUCGGAAUUAACAUCUGCUAGUUUAGUAGAUUCAAAAGGCAAUUCAAUACAAACGACACCUUCACGUAAACCAGUAGGUGGUUAUCAACUACCGGGAUUUUCAGAUAACUCGUUUUCCACUGUUCUUCGACGUACUAAUAUUUGUACAGAUCUGUCAAAAUCUUUAAAUUCACAAGAAUCUGAACUCUAAACACAUCCUCCAUUUAUUUAAAGAUUGUUGGUAAUUACUUCUUUCAGUCAUUGAAGAAGACUUCAAAAGUGUACUUAUCUAAUGCGCGAAUCGAUAAAAAAAUAUCUAAAUUAACUGUUGUUGUUAGGUAAUCCUUUCUUUUUUUCUACCAUUAUUAUUAUUAUUCACUUUUUGUAAAGUCGAUCAAACCUUUUUUUAAAAAUAAAACCCAAUACUACCAUGCAAAUCCUUAUAAAAAUUCUUAUUUUAAUUAUGAAUAUACUAGUGUUACCACUCUUUACAAUGAUAUUUUCAAUCAGUCAGGGAACAACUUAGUAGUGGUUAUAAAGUUAACAUAAAAUUUGUAUAUUUUCAUAUUUUAUUACAUAAUUGUAUUGUUAUUGUCACUCUUAUUACUAUUGCUGCUACUACUUCUAUUAACAUCUGUAAGUUAGAAAAUAUAAAUCAAUUGGUUUUGUUCUCUUCUAACGAUACACUGAUUAGUUAUUUCUCAAUGCUUCUGUUAUAUUGUUUUCAAGUCAUCUGCCCAUGUGAAGUGUUUUCCUCUUUUUUGUUAGUAUUAUUACUACUAUAUUAUAUAACGCAUUUAACUAAACGCUGAAAUGUUCACUUACUUAAGUUAUUUUGUUAACUGAAUAAAAACAAGUGAUGAUGGGUUUUUUCUCGAUUUGUUAUUGUUACACUUUUCUUUGAUACUCUGUUACUCUUUCUUUCUCUUUUUAUACAGUUUCAAUGGUAGUAUACGUUUAUUUUGGGAAUACCGUUUUUUAUUGUAUACGUUGAAAUCGCACUCAUAUCAUGGGCUUCAAUGUAUUUCUGUAUAAUUAGAAAAAAAUAUUUUUCAGUUGGGUAGUUUCUCACAUUGGCAUCGAUUUACCGAUGUAAUCGAAUAAGUUGCAAAAGACGUGAAGCUCUUCCUUAUUUGACAUUUCAUUAUUUCAUUAACAUCUUGACCACAAAAAUAUUUGUUCAGUCGGUUUAAAAUAUUAUUAAACUUGAUAUCAAGUUUUGUAACUGUCUCAACUGUAAACAACAAUCUCUGUUACUGAGGAACUAUGGGGCGAUUGGUUUUCUUGUCGUUUAUUGGAUAAAUCAACUUUAUUCAGCCCUUAAAUCAUUGGGUAUAUUGUUAACCUUCAUACUGUUUCGAAAUGUAAGUUAUAGCAAUAAACCUGAGUCCUGAUUUCAAACAUGGAGGUUUUAGCAAUAUAUAGUAUUUUUUGUUAGAAACAGUAGAAUCUGAUUUGCUCGGAGUAUUUUCCAAAAGUGAAAUAACUUCUAAUGUGAACUGCUCCAAAGUGUACACUUAUAUUUUUAUUAAUUCCGGGAAUAAGAUUACCGUUUGUCGGUCUAGUAGAAAGUGUUACUAAAAAAAUGAUAAUCUGAUUCUAUAAGUAAAUAUCUUUAAUUAAUACAUAUCUUAAUUUUUCCAUAGUAUAUAGUAGUUCUAUGAUUUCUUUAAGCAUCUAAAUUAAGAUAUUUUCGAAUACGUUUGUCGUACAGAUUACUUUACAAAUAUUAAUAAGGGACGCUGUCUUUAUAAUCGGCUCACAUUACUAUACACCUGCGCAUCUUUUGGUUUGUACGUUCUUAAAGAUGAGGAAAUCAAUACGUAGGCAUUUUGGAAAACUUGAUAGUUAGGUACUUUAUAGGAAUAAUUAGUCUCAGUAUUUUCGUUUGUCUCUUGAUAGGUACAUAGCACACGCCAUUUGAACUGCACUUGUUACAUUUCCGGUGUUAUGCUUUUGCGAAUCUAAACUUUUUCAGAGACUAGGAUAUUCUAUGACCGAUUUGGAAAUGUUCGAUUUUAUCCAUUAUUAUGAGACCAAACAGAUUAACGGAAAACAUGUAGGAUACAAUAUAAUUUGCUUGAAAAAGAGAUAUCCUCUUUAGAAAACUCGGAAGAAAGUACCAUUUAUAAAGUUGUUCAAAUCAAGUCCUCAUCUUCAAGAAAUUCUCUUUUAAUUACCAAUGAAUAGCAUCAAUAUCUUCAGCUUCAGUAGUAUGCACGUUUGAACAUGUUGAGAGUCUAUAUAGUCUGCUCGACUGCGGACAAAGUAAAACAACACAGGAUUUGUUUUCUGCUGUUCAAUUGGCUCAUAUAUCAAAGAAGGCUUGGAUGACUGUUGAAAUUUAGACAGAUCGUCUCAAUUAGGUUCAUGUUUCUUGUUAGACUUAACUGCAUGUCUACAACUUCCGUGAGAUUCUCCUAAAGGUCCCAAACUUCAUUUUACUGAUUUUUCUAUAGUUUGAAUCGUUCGCGUCAUUUGGAGUCAGUGAACUAAGAUUCUUCCCAAAAUGUUGACGGUACCUACGUUUAUCGUAUGAUUAUCCCGACUUCAUAAUCGCACAUUCAAGAAGAGUGAGUCAAUGAAACCCGUCAGCGGUAAUUUUAUGGACAGAAUGAUCCCCUAAUGAAAUCAUAAAAUAUCAAAUAGAAUGAUGCAUUGUCAUCACAUAAGGUUAUCCCUCGGUUACUUAAGGACAAACUCACUGGGAUUUGGUUCUUCGAACAAAAAUUUCGAAGUAAACCAGGCGUCCAGUAAUCCGUCUUACCUAUGGUUUUUUUCUUUUCAGAGGUGUCUUCAUUACCAAUUAGUGGUCUACAUCACAUUUAUAUGAAGUGCGUUAUAUAGUGAAAAAUAUCGCGAACCCAUGCAUUAUGGAG